CGGAAAGGCCGUUCCUCACCUCGGCCGAGCACCUCCUGCUCCUGCCCUGACCGAGCCGAGCGCCGGGACCAUGUCGGCCUACUCCAAGAGUUACAACCCCUUCGACGACGACGCGGAGGAUGAGGGCGCCCCGCCGGCACCGUGGAAGGACGCCCGCGACCUCUCCGCCAGGCCCAGCGCGCCUGGGGACCGGCAGCAGUACCUGCGGCAGGAGGUGCUGGGUAGGGCCGAGGCCACGGCCGCCAGCACCAGCAGGUCCCUGUCGCUCGUGUAUGAGUCCGAGAAGAUUGGGGUCGCUUCUUCCGAGGAGCUCGUCCGUCAACGAGGAGUCUUAGAACGCACAGAGAAGAUGGUGGACAAAAUGGAUCAAGAUUUGAAAAUCAGUCAGAAGCACAUUAACAGCAUUAAGAGUGUGUUUGGGGGAUUCGUCAAUUACUUUAAAUCUAAACCAGCAGAGACUACACCUGAACAGAAUGGCACCCUCAUCCCCCAGCCCAACAGCAGAUUGAAAGAAGCUAUAAAUACAAGUAAAGAACAGGAGGCACAGUACCAGGCCAGCCACCCAAACCUCAGGAAGCUGAAUGACCCAGACCCCAUCCCUGAAGGGGCCAUUUCUGCUGUGAGUACCGAGGCUUACCCGAAGAACCCACACCUUCGAGCCUAUCACCAGAAGAUUGACAACAAUCUAGAUGAACUGUCCUCAGGACUGGGCCGGCUGAAGGACAUAGCCUUGGGGAUGCAGACAGAAAUUGAGGAGCAAGAUGACAUUAUUGGCCGCCUCACAACCAAAGUGGACAAGUUAGAUGUCAAUAUAAAAAGCACAGAAAAAAAAGUUCGACAACUUUAAAGACAGUGAAGAAUUUCCACUCCAUUACGAUGAAAACAUUUGAAAGAUCUUUUAAGUUCCCAAGAAAUUUCAUUUAUUAUUUUAGUAUGUAAUUUAACAUGUGUUUGCAAAUAUUAUAAUCGAGUGGGUCUUAAGAGAUUUUGUUACGAGGAA